AUGACCGAGCGCAUCAUCGCCGACGCUGCAGUCAUAGACAACCACCGGGACCUACGCCCGGAAGAGGUGGCGCCGGAUCGCCGCAGUCGUCGCUCGCAAACCUCGGCGGCGAUCGCUGCCAACGACGCUGGCGCACAGACCGGGAGGGCACUGGCUGCUAUCCGACGCGAAGCCAGCGCCCAGUACGAGCAGGUCGCUUCGAUGAACAGCGCUCUUCGCGAGGAGAAUACAUCGUUGAGGAACGAGGCGCAGCGACUCACCGUCGCUCUCCAGUCUGCGGAAGUAGAGAGGGAUAGCGCUGAUCGAGAGCUGGGGCGCGCGCGUCAACUCUUGCAGGCACGUACAGAAGAGUUGGCCGCAAUCCAGAGCGUGUUGGGCCGGGUCGACCAGCUGUCGGAGCGCGACGUUGUGCGCAAAGUCGAGGAGCUCAACGAGGAGGUGUUUCAGCUAUCAGCGCUCAUGGCUGACAGCCUCGAGCCCUCCGCGAGCGAUAGGCAGGAUCGAGAGCGCGUGUCAGAGGCGAAGGAUGCCGUCUUUGACAGACUCGGAGAAGUUGUCUACGGCGCUUUGAAAGUCAAUGACGACGCUUUACGCCAGGCCGCGGUCCAGGUCGCGCUUCAAGCUACUGCUGCCAAGUGGAGUGGAAGCGUUGUCGGAAGGUGGUCGCUCGGCGCCGAAGGAUAUGCGGCGGCCGCGCGGUGGAAAUCUGUCACUCGUCAGAGUAUACGCGAAGCUGAAAGGGUGACCGACCAGGCUCUGAAGGAUGGUCUUCAUGCAACGAUGCAGACGGUGCUUGACGCGUCGGGAUACAAGAUCUCCGGCGAGCAGAUUAACGGCAGCACCGACGCGUCCGCUAUAAACGAAGCAGUCGAGGCAGUCGUACGCUUGUCGACAGCUCUCAGAGGCGAUAUCAGCGCCAUCACUUCGACCGAGCUGGAGAUACGGCUGUCUCGCCCGGGAGACUUGUACGACGACACAGUCAUGGAGGCCGAUGAAGAGAGCCGGUGCGGUUCCCCUGUCGCUUGUGGUGUAUCUCUUGGUAUUGCGAGGACGAGUAGAGGCUCGGAGACUCGUGCCCUCCUGAAGUCGAAGGUGGUUCUCGUGUCUGCAUUCGCGUCGCCCCGUGACAAUUGA